AAUAUUGAAGAUAAAUAUUGAAUAUUAAUUUUGGUUUUAAAAUUUUAAUAAUCACCUAUUACAUAAUAAUAAUUUGAUAUCAAGUAUUGUAUAACUCAAUUUAACAUGAUAUAAACAUAAAUUUCUGCUUAGAAUGAUUUUAAUAUAAAUCAUAAUGUGUAUCAUAAAUAAAUGUUUGUAUCAUAAAUAAAUAAAAUAAAUAUAAUAAUUCAAGUUAUUAUUAAACAGAUAUCAACUAUUUCUGUCCGGAAUAGCAAACGAAAGAAGAAUUGAAACACACAGAAAUAAAAUUGAGUGCAAGAAGGCAUAUGAAAUAAGGCGGUUUAAAAUUUAAGCAAUUAAAGAAAUUAAUUUAAAUACGACUUAAAAUAAUAAUUCAGCGAGGAAAGUCUGAAGAAAUUUUUUUUGAAGAACAGUAAAAAAGACAUGUAUUAUUUGUGGACAAGUGAAUUAUAUCUUUAUUAAAAUAAAAUAUACGUAGAAAUUUUUAAACUACAAACUAGAACAGCAGCUUUGAAAUGCAAUUGCAAAGUAACCGAAAUAAUAAUCUAGAAAUGUUAAUUAAGAACGUGACGUUAAAUUCAGAUAAGCGAUAAUAAUAGAGAUACAUAUAGUUUGCAUUGAAUAAUUAUAAUUUUACAGAACUAUGUCUAUGAUAAGGUUCGCUUUGCUCUGGCCUGGUAUUACCCUUGAUGAGAGCAUCGUCGGAAUGGUAUUUGACAAAAUGUUGCCCAUCAGGGGAAAUCUUUAUGAACAAUGUCAUCGAGUGUGUUUUAAAACCGAUAUACGCGAUAGAAGUUUAUGGGUUUUACGUUCAAUAUUGGAACGUUACUCUAGAGUUCGGGUUUCCUCAAUGCGAGGAAUCUGAGGAUUUUGAGGCAACGCCAAUGUACAACAGCGAAAUUAUGUCGGUAAAUUGAAUUUAAAUUGGUCUUGUUCAUUUUUAACUUUAAGGUCGUAAUGUCACAACUGACAAGAUAAUAGUCAAGUUUUAUAAGAAGUAUAAAGAGAAACCUAGAGAAGAUAUUAAAUGCUUUCUUGUUUCGCUUAUACAUAUAUCCAUUUACAUCAUUUAGAAGAAAAAUAAUAAUCACCACACUUGACAUUCCAAUCAUAUAACUAAAGUAAAAUGAUAUUUAACAACAAUUGUUUAAACAACGUUUAAAUAAAGCGUUAAAAACGAGCGGCUCUUAAGUAACUGAACAAAUUGUUUGUAGGUUUCCUUGCCAGCUUGCUUUGAAACACAUUUCCAGCUAACAGAAGAAAACAUAUUAAUGAACUUAAUAAUUGUUCACUGUCGAUCAAACGAAGACCAACAAGUGGAAGUAAUUAAUACACCUACACCUGUUCCGCAGCUCAUACACAUCAGAAAAUGUUGCUUCGGCGAUACAAUAUUCGACAACGGCACAAGAUCAUGUGUGAUUCGGUUAAACGAUUCACAGAGUCUUGAAGCAUUUUUGCUAAAUAAAUCGACUGACACAGAAAGCGCGGUGAUAGCCAGCCAGGGUCCACCUGAGUGCGAAGGGCCGAUUGUUAACUAUGAAAUUAAUGAAAACGAUAUCUCCCUAUGGAACGGUACAUAUUUGAGACAUAUACAAAGGAAAUGAGUAUUCGACUGCAUGCACAGAUAACUCGCUGCAAUGUAACAUUACUUCAAGAAGACAAGAAAAUUGAUGAAUAAAGAGAGAACUGAGUGAGGAUCGCAAUUUUUCGAACAAAUAGCAACUAUUUCUGCCCGGAGUAGCAAACGAAAUAAGAAUUGAGACAUACAGAAAUAAAAUUGAGUGCAAGAAGGCAUUAAUAUUGUUGUGCAUAAAACUUACAAAUCGCUGUGAAAUGGCGAUUUAAAAUUUAAGCAACUAAAGGAAUUGGUCUAAAUAUGACUUAAAAUAAUGCAGCGAGGAAUGUCUGAAGAAGUUUUUUUCUGAAGAAAAUAGAAAGAGCUACAUGUAUUAUUAAAAUAAAGUAUACAAAAUAUAAAGAAAAACAGGUUUAAGUAUAUACUAGAGCAGCAGCUUUAAAAUGUGACUGCAAAGUGAACAAAAUAAUAAUCAGGAAGUAUCACUUAAGCACAUGACGUUGAAUUCAGAUGAGCGAUAAUAAUAGAGAAUAUACAUUGUAUUAAAUAAACGAAUAAUUAUAAUUUUCACAACUAUGUCUAUGACAAUGUUUGCUUUGCUCGGUUUGGUAUUAUCCUUGAUAAAAAUAUCAUCCGAAUGGCAACUGACAAAAUGUUGCCCACCAGGACAGAUUUUAGUAAACAAUUUCACCAACUGUGAAUCAGUACCGAUAUUUGCGAUAGAGGUUUACUAUUGGAACAUUACAAGAGAGUUCCAAGGAAUUCCUCAGUGCGACGAAUCUGAGGAUCUUGUGACAACGGCACUCGACGAUUUCGAAUCUGACACUGUCUUAGAGGUGCCAGCUUGCCUUGAAUUAUUUUACAUAAAACUGAAAAAGAAACCCAUAAAAAUAAUUCGUUACUGUCGAUCAAACAAGGACCAACAAGUGAAAGCAAUUGACACAUCCAUUCCGCAGCUUUUACACAUCAGAAAGUGUUGCUUUGGCGAUACAAUAUUCGACAGCGGCACAAAAACAUGUGUGACCCGGUUAAACGAAUCACAGAGUCUUGGAGCAUUUUUGCUAAAUAGAUCGACUGACGCAGAAAGUGCAGUGAUAGUCACCCAAGGACCACCUGAGUGCAAAGGGCCGAUCGUUAAUUAUGAAAUUAACGAAAAUGAUAUCUUUCUACGGAACAGUACAUAUUUGGUGAUGAUUCCAGUGUCCAAAAAUAAUGUCAAAGAGGAACCAGUUACUGAGGAUAACGCUUGUCUCGAGAUGACGCCGGAGUUUGCAGUUGAAAGAAAAGUGGUAGUCCGUAUCUGCAGAGAUCCGGAAUUCUGUGAUACAAACGCCUGUAUCAGAAAGUGUUGUUCUGAAGAUAAAUAUGCUUAUGAAGGUUGCAUUAAUUUUCUACGUUUUAAACCUAAUGAAGUGGGAGAAUUUUACAAUGCUUUUGUGAAUGCCGUGGAUCAGACGAAUUCGUUCACUUUUGACACGACCAAAGAUCACGGAGUUUUGAUUCAGCAGCCAUGUGACCAAAUGUACACUUACGAUCCAAAGGAAUGGGAAAAACAAGUGUUACUGACAUCAAAUGGACAUGUUUUUAUCCGACAUUAUGAUGCGAACGACAUGCACUGCUUCGACGUUAGACAUAACUAUUUUGACAACUCUACUAACUUUGAUUUGUUUGUCUGUGGCAAAUACGUGACGCCUGAGACUUAUAAGAGCGCUGACUGGUUGUUCGCUAUAUUGGUCGUCAAAUGUAUAUUUCUGUUGAUGACGUUGCUAGUAUACGCGUACUUACCGAAUCUGCAAAAUAUUCAUGGAAAAACGGUUAUAUGUUAUGUGAGCAGUAUCUUGCUAUCUGCCAUCUGUUCAUUCAUCAUCAACUGGUACGACAAAGUUGGAUUUGAGCAACAAAGAAAAAUAAAGUGCAAAUCUUUAGCUUACAUCGGGUUUUUUAGUUUUCAUGCGGUGUUUUUCUGGCUUCACGUUAUGUGCUUCGACAUAUGGCGGACCUUCGCAACUGUACGUGAGAAUAUGAAUGUAAAGGACCGCAAAAAUAGGAAACGAUUGCUGUUGUAUUGUUUAUAUGGGUGGGGCAUCCCUUUGCUUCUGUUAAUCAUCAUUAUCGUUGUCGAUAACACCAAUUUACUACCAGAAUAUUUGGCACCCAAUAUUGGCAAUAUGUUUUGUAGUAUUACAUAUACAGCCAGUUGGGAUAACUACAGCGAUUUAAUCUUUCUUUAUGGACCGGAGACAAUUGUGACAAUAUCCAACGUGGUGUUUUUCAUUCUCACGUUGAAAUAUUACAAUAAGGUAAAAGCGGAUAUAAAAGAUUUAAAUACCGAUCCCAGAAGCAAUCAACUUGAUUCCAUUAAGGACAGAUUUAUCAUGAUCGUCAAACUGUUCAUCGUUAUGGGAAUGCAAUGGACAUUUGAGACAGUAGACUACUUCCUUGAGAAAUAUUCCAUAGUUGAUAAAUGGAAUGUGUUUUUUUACAUCAGCCUAGUCUUAGAUUGUCUUGAAGGUUUAUUGAUUUUCAUUAUUUUUGUUUUAAAAAAAAGCGUGUAUCAAGCUAUUCGCAAGCGAUUGCAAGAUAUAAAAAAAAAUCAACCUGCAACAUAACCACGUCAUUGUGUACUUAUACAGUUAGGAAAAGUGCGAUCAACUACGUGAUAUUUUUGUUUCAUUUACGCGACUUAUUCUUCAAAAAAUGGUUGACAACUAGCCGUAUUGAGAAUUUGAGAGAUCGGAGAGAGAGUAACGAUAUUAAAGAAGAAAUAACGAUUCAACUAGAAAAACAGAUGUAGCACUCUACGGAUUUGGUUAAUCCGAAAAGGAUGGUACCAAGUAGCAAAACAACGAAUUGAAUAAGAGAAGGAAACAGAUAGAAAGAUCGUAAUAAAAGUCUAAAAAGAUCAUUGCCUGAAAGCGACAUCCUACUUUAGUGCAAUUCGAUUUAUACCAAAAUGAGUGGACAAAAGAUGACGUUGAAAAAUUCAUCAAUACAUCACAAGUAAGGCAGUCUAUCGGUUUGUUUUCUGUUCCUAAAUUUGCUGAUGAAAUGAGUGUACACUUUUAAAGUAAAAUGAAGAAAAGAGGGUACUGCGGCUGCUGUGGACAUUAUGGCUACCGCCAUUAUCCCCGUUAUUAAAUAACGAAGUCAAAUAAUUUUUUAUGGAAUUAUACAAUUAAUAGCUCGCUAUUUUUAAUAGCGCUAAUAUGCCAAUACACAAUAACUAACAAUAGUUAUAAAGUACUUUUACUUUUCAGUACUUUUAAACUUUUCCAACAUAUAUUUGCACUUAAUUCCAGAUACGUCGUCAUUGUUUUUAAACUUGACCGUAUUAUCACUCGAAUAAAUGUACAUUCGAGUGCUUCUUUGUCAUUUAACUUUAUGUUCAGCUAUACACACUUUGAAUUAUGCGGAGUAAAACAAUAACAUGGAAUUUUGUUAAUAUGGUUUUUUAAACAAUAUUUUCGUAUCGAAAUAUUUCUUCGAUAAAUCGACUGUUAUUUUAAAGCGUAUUGUUCAGAAACACUAAAAGUAGAAACACUCUUUUAAUAUUCUAUAAGGUUUAAAAGUUAGCAAGGUUAGAAAGGAUGUUCCAAUCCAGUCUAAUGCAGGAAUACAAAACACAGCUAUUCGCCACCGAAAUUUAACGAGCUCAAGUGAUUCUCCAAAGAUUUGUCUAGAUGCGAAAAUGUAAAUCAGGACAUCUUAGUCGACUCGUCACUAAGAAACGUGGAAGUAAAUGCCAUGCACAAGCAGUGGGCUUUGCACAAGGGCAUCGAUGUUCCGUAAAUUGCACCCUCUGCACAAGGACAUGAUCAAUUCACAAUCAAUCUCUCUCUUAUCGUCUCAGAAGAGUACAUUUUAAAUUGCCAUUUUUUCAUACAAUUUUUGAUUUACCAAAUAAAAUGUAUCAAACACGUCAACCAGAGUAUGAUUCUCUUAAUGUAUCGUCGGACAUGGAAAAUUUAUUAUAUUAUCAAUAAUAAGAAUGUACGAUAGUUUUUGUAAAGAUAUUGUAAACAAGUCAUAAAUAUAUGUCUGUAUAAAAUCUGUAUUCCUCGUCAAAUUAAUCGAUGCUUUUCCCAUUUAUUGUCACAUUUAAUUUCGCAUUCACCUUUCCCUCAGAAGUGUAAUAUCACUAUUUUAAGCGAAAUUAUGAAGACUAGUUAUUAUUUAUAGAAUUUAGAUUUUUUUAGUAAAUUGUCGUUAUAUGCUAAUAUGCCAAUAACUAAUAUUCGCGCUAACGGAAAAUUUUUACGCAUAAGGACGAAUUCAAUGCGAAAUAAUGCGCAAAUGCGAAAAAAUACGCAAUAUUACGACAGUUGAAUUAUGUAGAAUUUCGUAAAGUACGUAAAAAUAUUUACUAAGUGGUAAGUCUUGUUUUGUUUUA